UUUGCUUGGAAGUCUGCUAGAGAUUAGUGUAUUUUUAAGUUCAAGGUCUAAUAAAUCUGAAAUGUUUUUAAUGUUAUUAACGUUUUAUAGUAAUAGUUAUUUUAAUAUCUUUAUCAUUUUAUAAUAUUUACACAAAAGUGAUAGUUUAUCGAAUUUUAAUUGGUCAUCGGUGAGCGUGCCCUGCGCGACGCGAAGGCGCAAUAAUAGUUCAUCAAAAUGCCGUCGGAAUCUAAACCUUUGUUGACAGCGCAAACAGAAAAACCGAAUCAUUACAAUUUCGCUCUCGCCUCUUUCAGAUAUCUCAAAGAAUUUCGCGUCGAACAGUGUCCGUCGUUUCUACAACACAAAUGUACACAACAUAGACCCUUUACGUGUUUUCACUGGCAUUUCAAUAAUCAAAGGAGAAGACGGCCAGUUCGAAAGAGGGAUGGAACCUUCAAUUACAGCGCAGAUAACUAUUGUACAAAAUAUAAUGAAACUUCGGGAAUAUGCGAGGAUGGGGACGAAUGCCCAUAUUUACACCGAACGGCCGGAGACACAGAGCGCCGGUAUCAUUUACGAUAUUAUAAAACUUGUAUGUGUGUACACGAUACAGACGCUAGAGGCCUAUGUACCAAAAAUGGAGCCCACUGUGCCUUUGCGCAUGGAGCCCCAGACCUUAGACCACCUGUUUUGGAUAUGAGGGAGCUGCAAUCUUUGGAAAACCCCGAUGGUACCGACGGUGAUGCGGCAGCACCUAAUGCUCUCGAUAGGGAACGAAAUUUAAUGAAUGAAGAUCCAAAGUGGCAAGAUACAAAUUAUGUAUUAUCAUCAUAUAAAACUGAACCUUGCAAGAGACCACCUAGAUUAUGUAGACAGGGUUAUGCAUGCCCACAAUAUCACAAUAGCAAAGAUAAACGUAGAUCACCACGUAAAUGCAAAUACCGCAGUACACCUUGUCCAAAUGUAAAGCAUGGAGAGGAGUGGGGCGAGCCCAGCAACUGCGAGGCCGGAGACACCUGCGGGUACUGUCAUACACGCACCGAACAGCAGUUCCACCCCGAGAUAUACAAGUCCACAAAAUGCAAUGACGUGCAGCAGGCCGGAUACUGCCCCAGGGGACUCUUCUGCGCGUUCGCCCAUGUAGAACCCGAGGACAUUGGCGGCGGUCGCGACCUCACGGCGCCACUGGACUGCGGCACUAACCUCGCCGAGCUGCUGUCGUCCGCGCUGCCCGGUGACAAGAAGGACGCACGGCCCGCCUCCCCCGCCCACGCCAACGGCAGCGGGGACGGCUCCGAGUGCGCCUCCACCUCGAGCGGCGGGUCCGGGCCACCGAUGGGGCGCGCCCCGCCCGCGCCCGCCCCCGCGCCCGCCUGGCCGCCGCGCGCCGCCUUCGACAGUGCCGUGCUGCACGAGGUCGUCGGCAAUGCGCUCGACGACGUCAUCGACGACCCGCUGCACCUCGUCGCCUCCCUCGACCGCGACCUCCGCGACCUGGCCGACGAGCCGCCGCCCGCCUCCGCGCCCGUCAACAUCCCGCGCCGCUACACGCCGCCCGCCGCCGCCUCCCCGCUGUUCCUGCGCUACGCCGCGGAUCCCGAGCGCCUGUUCAACUCGCACAUGAAGGCCGGCAGCUUCGGCGGCGGCGGGCCCUUCGAGUUCGAGGGCGGCGAGGUGGCGCGCCUGCGCGAGGAGGUGUCGGCCGCCCGCGCCGCCGCCGCGCGCUGGGACGAGCGCAUCGCCCAGGCGCGCGCGGCGUGCGAGGCGUGGCAGCGCGAGGCGGACGAGGCGACGCGCGCGGCCGCGCUGGCGGAGCGGCAGCGGGACGAGGCGCUGGCGGCGGCGCGCGCGCUCUCCCGCGAGCUGGAGGUGGCGCGCGCGCCCCGCCGCGAGCCGCGCAACCUGCCGCUGGCCGCGCUCAAGGCGCUGCAGGCGCAGGCGCGCGCCGAGCUCGAGGACAUCGACAAGGCGCUGUACCUGCAGACGGCCACCAAGUGCAUGACGUGCGAGGAGCGCGCGCGCGCCGUCACGCUGGCGCCGUGUAACCACUACGUGGUGUGCGACGCGUGCGCCGCCACCGCCGUCGAGUGCCCCUACUGCCAGACGCCGGUCACGCACCACCAGUAGCGAGCGUACUCGCGUUCUAUCGGCGCUCGGCCGGCGGCGGACGACGUGUGGGGUGUCGGUUUAAAUUACAACAUUUUUAUAUUCGUCUAUUGAUACAUAUUAUAGCGUCUACCGAGUAUUUUUCGUAAACGAGUAUAUUAUUAUAUUAUAGUGCAUGGUCACGCGUAGAGUUUGAUAUUCCGAGGUAAUAUGCUUUUGAUGUUACUUAACUCGUUUUACUUUUAGACUCGUGCUAGACGACUCGUCGCUUUCCCCAUAUAAAUUAUUACAUACUAGAAUAGGCGUCUGUCGGGUACCGUAAUACCGUAUUUCACGAGGACACGUAUUAAGGAAUUGACGUGCAGAUAGAGUCUUGAUCGUGUUUACUUUUUCGGCUGCAUAACUUACGAGCGUAGGUUCAUAUGGUAGCGUAACAUGACAUAACAUACACAUAGAUACUAAUUUUCUAAAAUAUAACUCUUAAAAGACCAUCUAUUUAAUAUUCUGUUGGAGACAGAGUCGAAAGUUUUGUUUCUCUAUAUUCAUAACCAUAGAUAGAUAUAUCGACUAUAAUAUUUAAACAAAUGUUGUUGACUGUUAUUUUUUUACAUUUUCUAAAUGACUAUUUCAUACUUUUCUUAUUGUAAGGAAUCUUAUAACGAUUAGAGUAAUUAAUGCUUUUUUGAAUAUUUAACGACCAAUGCUAAUACUUCUAAACGUAAAUAAUAAAUAUAUUAAUCUUUCGUAGAGAUCAAAAUGUGCAUUUUGUGAACAUUCCUAUUGCGGAUGUAUCGGACACAAGAGCUGAGUUCCCAUUACUCUAUGGUCAUUUCAGAAAAUACUGCAUUUUACUCCAUAGAUUAAUUAGGAACUAUAAUAUUAUACAGAAUCACUAAGCAAAGAGUAUAUUUGUAUAAAAAAAAACCACUGCAAAAACUCAAAUAGUAUUAAAAGCUGCAUUCACUCUAUAAAAAUCUUUUGCUUCUACUAGUGCUAUACUUUUUUUGCUGUAACAUUCUCGAGAAUAUUUCGAAUUUCAAAUAUUUGAAUGCAGUUUUUAGAUACUGUACAAAACAUCACAUACCUAAAAUCAUGGUUUCAUAUUUUGUGUUUUCUGACACUAUAAAAGCGGAACUUUUGAACUGCCAUUGCAACUUAUUCUUUUAAUUCUGAUUUUUCUCAUUAAUUAAGUUUUAUCAAAAUACGUAGCGGAUAUCUUUUCACAGAUGUCACUUGCCUGACGAGGUUAGAAAUUAAUGUAAGUCGUUAAAAAAUUUCGCUUUAUAGAUUGUUUGGACUUAGUUGUGACGUUUUUAAGUGUUCUUCUUUCUUACAACAUUAAACUAACGUCGCAACUAGAGGUCACUACAAUAUGUUUUGCAUAUUUUCAUGUAUGUGGUAUUAUACUUAAAACAUUUUGCUUCUAAGUGACAUUCAUAUUUUAUCAAAUCUCUUUAUUGUUAAUAUAGGCCGUGCAGAACUAAGGGGUCUCUUAGCAGAAGUAGAUAUUGGUGGAUUGCUUAAUAAUAUCUAUAAGCUAUCUGCACUUAACCCUUCUAUUUUUGUGUAUCGAUCUUAAGUUGUGCACGCUCUUUAAGUGUAAUACCACUUUGCAAUAUGGAAUACAUUAUUUUGGUGACGAUCAGAUUUUUACCCGACCACACACAAGAAGGGUAAUGUUUUGAGCAUUUAGUGGGCGUGUAACAGCGGCGCUCUCGAGUCAGUAAUGUCGUCUUCGACUAAAAUCUGGGGGUUUAUUUUACAUUUUUUAAGUAUAUUAUUUUCACAAAAUAUUUUUUGAUACGGAGACCCCAAAUUAUUUUAGACUUUUGUACCAUCCUAAAGUGGAGCAUUUUAUAUUGGAUUUU